GGAUCAACCCAGCUUUUCACAGGGCUUUGUAGGGCCUGCGUAGCGCGCCAGAGGACCGAGGACCGCACACAAACUUCCUAGGCGUCGCCUACUACUGGCCAAACGCCCUGCGCCCGCCGCCGCGGCCCCUGCGACCGCCGCCCGAGAGCAUCUCUGGCAGCACCCAGAGAGGAAAUAAUCGAAAUAAUCUCCGGCAGCACCUGAGAGGAGCAGAGGAGAGCCAGUUAAGCGGUCACACGGCACCUCAUCAUGCCUGGAGCCACCCACAGCCCCAUCACCCCCGAACGGCAGGCGGAGCUCCACGAGGCCUGGAAUUUAAUUGCCGAGAAGAAGGGCGGCCUCCGCAAAAAGGAGGUCUAUAAGGUACUUCGAGCGCUGGGCAUGGCCCCCACGGACGCCGAGUGGCGCGACCUCUGGACGCGCAUGGAGCCGGUCCACGGGAAAGUGGAAUAUCACCAGUUCUCGCAUGUUUUGGAGGAGACCUUGGAGGCGUCAUUCAACGUCGAUCGCAUCAACCAGGCUUUCGAACUGUUCGACACCGAUAGGAAGCAGUACUUCGACGCGAACGAUCUAGACAGGGUCAUGCGGUCGCUCGGGGAACACUUAACGGAGGAGCAGAUCAAGGACAUGAUCGGCGAGGUCGACUGCCAGGGCGACGCGCGGGUCAAUCGCGACGAGUUCCUCGAGAUGAUGUGCAACUUCUAAGAGGGUUUUGUGU